CAUGGCCUGUAAGCAGCCAAUCAUGGCUCACAGGAAGAGGCCAGGGACCAGCGGUGCGAACAUUAUGGCUGCCCCUGUCCCUGCUCCCUGUCCCGCCCCUCAUCCUAAAGAGUCACAUGACCAGACGUCUCUACCUUCUCGGCCACGCCCGAUGCGUUACCCCAAAGAGUCAAACGAUCAAAAACGCCUUCCCCGACCUUAUAAGACACAAUAUCCUUCUGCUAAGUCCCAUGACCUAAGUCACACCCAACCGCAAGAGGAGGUGGAGGUGGAAGAGACUCGCUACUGCAACCAAACAGACCCAGUGCUACAGAACCAACGGCCCGCUACACCUUCUACACCAGAACACGACCGCGACCUUGACGGUCACGAACGGGCAGAUUUCCAUGGUGGAGCUGACAGCUUGGAUGAGGCCUCCAGCUCUGACUACAUCAACAAUACCUCAGAGGAUGAGGAAGACUAUGAUGAAGGUCUGGCAGAGGAGGACGAGGGUGUAACCUACUACAUCCGCUACUGCCCAGAAGAUGACAGUUACCUAGAGGGCAUGGACUGCAGCAGCCAAGGAGACUGUAAGCACAGCCACAACCAGCAGGACUGCUCUGCCACCGCCCAGCCAGGUGGACCCCAUCCAGUCGAAUGCCAGGAGGCUGUAGAUGAGUGGGUGGAGGAGGCAGAGGGAGAGGAGGAGACGAGAGAGGAAGAAUGGGCAGACGAUGAUGAGGGGGAACAAGGGGGAGAGGUCAGGGAAGAGUGGAGAGAGGAGGAGGAAGAGGUAAGGGAGGAGUGGAGAGAAGGGGAGCAGGCGAGAGAGGAAUGGAGAGAGGGAGAUGAGGAGGAGGAGGAAGAGGAGAAGGUGAGGCAGGAAUGGAGAGAGGAGGGGCAGUGGGCGGGGCGAGAGAGGCACAGGGUGGAGGAAUGGGGCGGGACCGAGGGGGAGGUUCGCUGCGAGGUGGUGGAGCAGGAUCCGGACGAGCACAUCUAUGACGGACGACCGGAGCCCAUUCUGGACCAUCACCACCAUCACCCGCCGCCUCUGCAGGACGCCCUGCAUCCUGGGCAAGCGGAUGGGGAUGGGGAGGAGGAGGAAGAAGUAGAAAGUGAGGGGUACUGCCCCAAUGAGGAAGAGGAUGAGGAUGGUGAGGAGGAUGAGAGACAUGGUAGAGCCUACACAGGAGACUACUAUGCCUCUGAGGACAACGGAAACUCAGUGCGGAUGUCCCCAUACCGCGGCCACAAGGUGUUGGUGGUAGAGGGUGAGACGGGGGAGGAGGCGGAGGAAGACAUUGACCAGAUCGUGGCCGAGAUCAAGAUGAGCAUGAGCAUGGGGAGUCUGAGCAGCAGCACCGACCAGAGCCCGGAGGAGCUGGUGCAGGACACGGUGCCGGGCGACUAUCCGCAAGCCAAGCCCGACGCCGCCCCCUACCUCCCGCCACCUCACCACCGUCACGACAGCAGGCCAAAGUCUUUGAACCUGCCCUCCGCACGCCACAACCCUGACCUCCAGCGGGGGGGCUACAAGAUGCACUCACGCACUCCUGAAGACAGGCAGAGAUGGCCCCAAGACCAGGUGAGCAACGGUGCAGAGCAGCCAAGGAAACAACAGCGCUCCGACCUCAACGUUCCUCUGGAGAACAACAAUGUUCCAGAGCCAGCAAAGAAGGCUGCGUCAUUCCCCAGUUUCGUGGAUGUUCCAGGGCCUUGUGAGCCGGAGGACCUAAUUGAUGGAAUCAUCUUUGCUGCUAACUACCUUGGCUCCACUCAGCUCCUGUCUGAGAGGAACCCCUCCAAGAACAUACGGAUGAUGCAGGCCCAGGAGGCCGUCAGCAGGGUCAAGAGGGUUCAGAAGGCUGCCAAAAUCAAGAAAAAGGCGAGCCCAGAAGGAGAUGCUCAGACCUUAACUGAAGUGGACCUGUUUAUCUCCACCCAGAGGAUCAAAGUCCUCAAUGCAGACUCACAGGAAACAAUGAUGGACAAUGCACUCCGCACCAUCUCUUACAUCGCUGACAUCGGGAACAUUGUGGUUCUGAUGGCGAGACGCCGCAUGCCCCGCACAGCCUCUCAGGACUGUAUUGAAACCACUCCCGGGGCACCCGAGGCCAAGAAACAGUACAAGAUGAUCUGCCACGUCUUUGAGUCGGAGGAUGCCCAGCUUAUAGCACAGUCUAUUGGUCAGGCAUUCAGUGUGGCUUACCAGGAAUUCCUCAGAGCCAACGGCAUUAACCCCGAGGACCUGAGCCAGAAGGAGUACAGUGACAUCAUCAACACCCAGGAGAUGUACAACGAUGACCUCAUUCACUUCUCCAACUCUGAAAACUGCAAAGAGCUGCAGCUGGAGAAGAGUAAAGGCGAGAUCUUGGGCGUGGUGAUCGUAGAGUCGGGCUGGGGCUCCAUCCUCCCCACGGUCAUCUUAGCCAACAUGAUGAACGGCGGCCCCGCGGCGCGCUCCGGAAAGCUCAGCAUCGGAGACCAGAUCAUGUCCAUCAACAACACCAGCCUGGUGGGGCUGCCGCUCGCCACCUGUCAGGGAAUCAUCAAGGGUUUAAAGAACCAGGUCCAGGUCAAACUGAACAUCGUCAGCUGUCCCCCCGUCACCACCGUCCUUAUCAAGAGACCAGAUCUGAAGUAUCAGCUGGGCUUCAGUGUCCAGAAUGGCAUUAUAUGCAGUUUAAUGCGGGGAGGCAUCGCAGAACGAGGUGGAGUCCGCGUGGGCCACAGGAUCAUAGAGAUCAACGGCCAGAGUGUGGUGGCCACAGCACACGAGAAGAUCGUCCAGGCCCUCUCAAACUCCGUCGGCGAGAUUCACAUGAAGACCAUGCCGGCAGCCAUGUUCAGACUCCUGACAGGACAGGAGACACCCAUGUACAUAUAAACGACGGGCGGCGGGGGCCAUUCCACGUGGAUGAGCUGUCAGGGUGUGCAGGGGCAAACAAGCUGACCAAUGACUGACUGAGGAUGGCUUCUCCUCAUGCCCGGACCAACGACGCCCUCUCCCCCUUUCCUGUGCUUGAUUUUUUGCAACGGCCAUUCCAGCAACGCUUCAGACCGCCUCGGCAGCUGAAGGGCGACGAUGUCAUCUUUUUUCUUUUUUUUUUUGUUAUUCGUCACGUCUGUGUCUCCGUCAGUCAGUCCCGUGAGAUCGUCGGUGGACCGUUCGAGUGAAUGCGUCACAAUUUAUUUUUUUAAUUCACACAACCUAAUACGGUCCCCUCUACUGU